UGGCUGAAGAGGAGGAGGAGAGCGUUGCUCCGACCGAUAAAAUCAUCAAAAGCCAACUAGUGUUUCUGAACCUGUUGGACACAUACAGCAGCAAGAAUAUCGGGAAGGAAUGAAAUUGCACAAAAGAGGCAGAAGAUACAGAGAAUCACCAAAGAUUAUCUGCAAGCAUGAAUUUACUAGUUGUUAUGUGAAAUCUAAAUGUGAAAUCACUGAACAGCCAUUACCUACUGACCUCUAGGUGAAGGCCUCCAGUGCUUUGAGCUGAUCUUCCAUGGUGGAUUUAUGGAAGGAUAUGGAAAGGAAUUAUACAGGAUAAGAAACUUACUUAUCUAACUGUAUAGUUGGGGCUUCACUUGAAGAAAUUACAGAAGAAGAAGAAGAAGAUCUUGAAAGCAAAUCAGCUGGUCCAGAAGGCUUAGCAACUAAAUCAAAGGAAGGCACUUUUCAGAUAGUAGGAACUCUUUCCAAUCCUGAAUGUGAGCCUCCAGAAUUUGCCAUGGAAACAUAUACAAAACUUUCCCGAGAAGAGCUCCUGUUACACCUGCUUGAAUGUGAUAUUAUCAUUUAUAACAUUACAGAAAAUAUACCACAAGUUGAUGAAGCUAUGUGGGCUGUUUCUGCACUAAGUGAAGAAACAAACCAUUUUGAAAAGCGAAAGAUAUUUAUCUUACUAUCAACCAUGAUGACCUGGGCAAGAUCUAAACCCCUUGAUCCUGAAGACCUUGAAAUUCCCUUUAGUGAAGAGGAUUAUCGUAGGAGAAAACCUCAUCCUAAUUUUUUAGACCACAUAAAUGCUGAAAAAUUGGUCCUAAAAACUGGAAAAAAUAAUAAAAAAUUUUCAACCUAUGUAGUUGCUUCUGGACUAAUUUAUGGAGCAGAAGAAGGCAUCUUACAUUUAUUUUUUAAGAUGGCAUGGUUAGGUGAAACUACUACAUUACCAGUCUUUGGUGAGGGCACAAAUAUAAUUCCAGCAAUUCAUGUCCUUGAUUUAGCAGGGAUCUUACAAAAUAUAGUCGACCAUAUGCCAAAGGUUCACUACCUAAUUGCAAUGGAUGAAGCUUUACAUACACAAGAAGAUAUAUUAAAGUGCAUCAGUAAAAAUGUUGGUCCAGGAAAAAUCCAAAAAUAUGCCAAAGAAAAUGCAUUUUUAAGCAAAGAAUUAACACAAGGACAGCUUGACCAUUUGUUAGUCAACUUGAGAAUGGAAGCUUUAUUUGUGAAAGAAAAUUUUAAUAUUAGGUGGGUUGCCCAAGCAGGAUUUGUGGAAAAUAUAGCGAAUGUCCUCAAAGAAUACAAGCAAAGUAGAGGAUUAUUGCCUGUUAAGAUUUGUAUUCUUGGUCCUCCUGCUGUGGGGAAGUCAUCUAUUGCAGAAGAAGUGUGCAAGCACUACAAAUUACACCAUAUUAAAAUAAAGGAUGUGAUUACUGAAGCCAUAGCAAGGCUGGAGCUUCUUAUUGCCCCAAAAGAAGGAGAAACAGAAGAACAAGAUGAUACCGAUGAUGAUGAAGAAGAAGAAGAAAACUUAGAAGAGAUUCAAGAACUCUUAGAUGGAGUCAAAGAAAGCAUGGAACAGAAUGGAGGUCGCUUGGAAGAUCAGUAUGUAAUUAGAUUCAUGAAAGAUAAACUAAAGUCUAUGCCAUGCAAAAACCAAGGUUACAUUUUGGAUGGAUUCCCAAAGACCUAUGAGCAAGCAAAAGACUUGUUUAAUCAAGAAGAAGAGGAAGAAGAAGAAGAAUCUAGAGGCAAAAUUCCUCCAUUUGAUAAACUAACCAUACCUGAAUUUGUUUUUGCUUUGGAUGCAUCUGAUGAGUUUUUAAAGGAGAGAGUCAUGAAUCUUCCUGAGGCCAUUGUGGCUGGAACCCACUAUGUCCAGGAUAGAUUUUUGAGAUCACUUAGUAACUAUCGUGAUUUAAAUACUGAAGAUGAAACUGUUUACAACUAUUUUGAUGAACUUGAAAUCCAUCCACACCACAUUGAUGUAGGAAGAUUUGACCAUCCUGAGAAUAAACUUGCCAUUGGACAGAUUAUUAAAGCUAUUGGAAAGCCUCGAAAUUAUGGUUUAACAGAUGAAGAAAAAGCAGAACAAGAGCGUAAAGCUGCAGAGGAACACUUAGCAAAGGAGGUUGCAGAGGAGGCAGAGCGAGAGCAGAAGGAGGCUAUUGAAACAGCAGAAAAGAUAGCUCGUUGGGAGGAGUGGAGUAAACGACUAGAGGAAGUAAAAAGAGAAGAAAGAGAAUUAUUGGAGGCACAGUCUGUUCCACUUAGAAACUAUUUAAUGACCAAUGUGAUGCCGACACUCAUGCGAGGCCUGAAUGAAUGUUGUAAGGUCAGACCAGAUGAUCCUGUUGAUUUUCUGGCAGAAUAUCUCUUCAAGAACAACCCUGAAAUGGAGUGAAAUUGAAAAUAUCUCAUGUUUUUAAAAACUAGAGAGAAAUUUAACAUAGUAAUCUGAAAAAAUAGCUUUUUUUUUUUUUUUUUUUUUUUUUUUUUUGUUAUUUUGGUCAAACAAACAGUUUUAUUUCCCUUCAAACAAAUGUUCUCUUUAUUUAGUAAAACCAUUAUUCUAAGCCACAUGGUAAUGAGUGACUUUUUCUUUGGCCUAGAUUGUAAUUUUAUCAGUACAGGGAACUCCUUAUGAAUAAGUUUCCUCUACCAAUGCAGAUCAACAAUUGUUCUGCAAUGUGUAAUAUUAGAGUUGCCUGGGAAACUGAAGUAUUAAGUGAGAUGUUAACUCAUAUAACCAGUUUAUGUCAGAAGCAAAUUCAGGUCUUCCUGAUGCCAAGGCCAGCUUUCUCUCAGGCUUUGUUUCUGCAAAUGAUCAAUACAAGCAAAAUAGAAUUUGGAAGGGAUAUAGAUGGAGUAGUUAUUGGUAGUUCACAUAGUAAAAUGUAGAUCUCAUAGCCUGUCAAUUUUGCUCUUAGAUUAUCACUAAAUAUUUUACAUAUCAGUGAUUACAGAUAGUAUUAAUUUAUAGUAUGAAGAAAAACCAAAUUAGUUUUAAAUUGUGUAGGUGAACUGAUGGGUUUCUUUGCUUGUGUAUUUCUAAAUGAUGACAUACUUUUAACUCAAAAUAAAUCAAACAUAAUUAACCUUUACUAGAAAAUUUUUUUAUACUUCAGUAUCUAUAGAAUAAGGAUUCUAAUUUAUAUACAUGAAAUAAUUGUAAAUUUCUUGGGGAGAAAUUCAUGUAAUGGUUUAUAUGAUUUG